AUGCGCGGCGACGGCGAGGGACUCCACAGCCAAGGUGGAGAAGGCGGGGAUGGCCACUUCCUCCGGCUCUGGCAUGGUAGCCGCCGGCACGGCGGGGGACUAGAUCCAGUCGCGCGUCACCGCUUGGCGGUUGCAGGAGCUGGUGGAAGAAGGGCUAAUCCCACGCGAGGGAUGGCGUCGUUCGGGUGCGGGAGAGUUGCUGAUGGAAUGCUGUUUGAUCCUUGCACCAACGACACCUCAACAACUUCAGCAGACCCGAAUGCCCGCAAGCCAGGCCCGGGUGAUGCUGACGCGGCGGAUACCACCACCUCCAAAGCCCCACCCGAGAUUAUCCAGCUAGACGACGAAGUGGGUGUUGACCCGCCGAAUCCAGGCGCCACCAAGGAGGGAGUGCCGAGUGCUGACACGCCAAUGUCGGAUGCCUGUCCUCGCCAGAUGACCCACAUUUCUCCGGCGAAGUUCACCGCCAAGACCGCGAGGCCGUGUCCUCUGGCUCAAGGUGGUUCAACAUCUUCAUCAGCGGUGGUGCCUCCUGAAGGGUCUACCCAGGACCCUCCGAGUGGAACGGCGGUGAUUCCAGCCUUGAGGCCAACUCCUGCACCUCCGUUGGCUCCAGCUACUUCUUUCCCCCUGUACCAUGUCCUAGAGGAUCAGGUGGAGGCAGGAAAAAAUGACAGUGGAAAACGAGGGGGGGUUCGACCUUCGGGGUUUGACCGCGGCACGGAUCCCGAGGCGGCCACGGAUCUCGCCGGAUCUCCACCGGAGAAGGACGACGGUGGCCGGAGUGGGGACGGGCGGCGACGAGAGAAGGCCGGCGGGGGCGGAAGGCAGAGCUGGCGGCGGGGCGGCGCGGCGACGGUCGGGGCAGCGCCGGGCGGCGACUGGGCGGCCAGGGGCGGCGCCGGCGCGGCGGACGCGGAGGCGGGGACCGGCGGAGGCGGGGUCGACGCCAGUGGAGAGGUGCGGCGGCGGACGCGAACGACGAGGGGGCGGAGGAGCAAGGCGGCGGCAGGCGAGGUCGCCGCGGCGAGCGGGCGGUGGUGGUCGCCGGCGCCGGGCGGCGAGGUGGCCGGCGGCGGGGUCGGGGACGGAGGCGGCGCCGUGCGGGCCUAG